AUGAAGGAAGCCCUCAUAGCACCAGGCCCUAAGGUCCAGAUUAUCGACUCUCCUAUCCCAAAGCCCGGAGCCGACGAAGUCCUUAUCAAGGUCGUCGUGAGCGGGUCCAAUCCUAAGGAUUGGAAGGUACCGGGUUGGCGUAAUGUCACCAUAAACCAGGGCGACGAUAUUGGUGGUAUCGUUCAAGAAGUUGGUUCUAAUGUAACCGAGUUCAAACCUGGCGACCGUGUCGCUGGAUUCCACCAAUUCUUAACCCCUCACGGAUCUUUUGCUGAAUAUGCGAUCUCACCCCAACACACUACUUUCCAUAUUUCGCAGAAGACCACAUUCGAAGAGGCUGCUGCAGUCCCGUUAGCGGCAAUGACAGCAGCAAUUGGGCUCUAUGCCAAGCUUGGUCUUCCGCAGCCGUGGACACCGGCAACCGAGCCCACCCCCCUUUUAAUCUAUGGGGCGGCUUCCGCUGUUGGUGCUUAUGCCGUUCAGCUCGCUCGGAAGAGUAACAUUUACCCUCUCAUCUGCGUUGCUGGAAAGUCUCAGGCCUAUGUGGAGACUUUGAUCGACCGUAGCAAAGGGGACGUCAUCAUCGACUACCGUGACGGAGACGAUGCCGUCGUCGAAGCACUAAAGAAAGCAGUCGGUGAUUCCAAGCUCCUAUACGCAUUUGAUGCGACAGCGGAGUACAAUAGCUACGUCAAUAUAAGUAAGGUCGUGGCCGAGGGCUCCAAGGUAACGAGUGUACUACCUCCGCAGAACUUCGAAUACCCAGCCCAUGUGUCGCAUUCGGGUACCCUUGUGGGCUCGGUGCAUACCGAAGAUAAGGACUUCGGUUACGUGUACUCCCGAUACUUCGGGAGAGGGCUGGAUGAGGGCUGGUUCAAGGCACAGCCGCAGGUCGUCGUGCCGGGCGGACUCGGGGGAAUUCAAGAGGCAUUGGAUAAUCUGAAGGCCGGCAAAGCAAAUGCUAUUAAAUACGUCUUCCGGAUUGCUGAAACGGAAGGAGUUCAGUAA